AUGCUGGAGAAGGCCAGGGAGGCCUGGGAGGCGGAGGUGGCCGAGCCCCUGCGCGAGGAGAUCCUGGACGUGACGGAGGAGAAGAAUCUCCUGCUGGCGCAGAUGCAGCGGGCGGAGAAGAACUUGUUCAUGGCGAGGCGGUCGGACGAGGAGCCCGCGCUGCCGGCCAGGGGCGCCGCGCUCGUGCGGCAGGCGCUGGCCACGGUCGCCGGGCACGUCGCCUCCAACGCCCCGCUCUCGGCGGCUCUGGAGAGGCUCGGGCAGGCCGUGGAGACGGCCGCGAGCAGGCGGGACGUCGCCGAGCUCGCGGAGGCCGUGGACGAGGUGGACAACGUCCCAGUCGUCGUCGCCGAGGCCAGGCCCAAGACGCCGCUGAAGGAGGGCGAGCCGAACAUGACCGAGGCGCACCUCGCCGCGGUGGUCUCCGCGCUGGCGCACAUCACCGACGGGCUGGACGCGCUCGGGGAGCGCCUCAGGGAGCGCGGGCAGCAGGACGAGGACAUCAGCCAGUUCAUAGUGUGGGCUCGCAGGACAGGCGAGGAGGAGGAGGAGUCCAUGUUCAAGCGCAUCCCCGUGGCGAAGAAGCUGCAGAAGGCGGCGAAGGUCGCAGCCCUCGGCGCGAGGCUGAAGUCCGGCGCGCUCUCGAGGCCCGGCAGCAAGCCGAGCCCCGCGGCGAGCGGCGCGGGCGGCCCCGCGGCGCGCGCGGGCGCGCGAGAAGACGGCGCGGUGCUCCCGUCGGGGUCCCCGGGGGACGGCGCGGAGGCCGCCAGCGGCGAGGCCGCGCUCGCGCCCGCGCAGGCCGAGGCCUCGCCGCCGGGCUCCUCCCGCCGCGGCACCAAGCCUGUCGCCGUGACCGGCGCUGGCCGCGAGGUCUCGCCGACGGCGCCCCGCCGCACGUCGCCCCGCCACGGCACCAAGGACGCGCCCGAGGCUUCGCCGAACGCGGCCUCAUGCCGCGGCACCAGGCAUGCCGCUGCGCCGGUCGCCGCUGAGGCACCGAGGGCCGCCGCCGCCCCCGCGGUGCCCAGCCUAGAGCGGGUGCUCCGCGAGCUGCCCCCGCCCGCGCCGGAGGCCGGGAGCGGCGGCCCCAG